CAUGUUGUGCCUGUCACCCUCGCUGAGCUUCGUCUGUAUAUUAUUACGUCCCUGGUUCAAAGUUAAUAAAUUAACCUCGAACCAGAAUGACCACCGGCAAAGACGACGAUGCUUUUUGGUACAGCAGCGAAACACGGUCGUUCUGUUUCGAAAACAAUGAGGUGGAUCAAUUGUUUGGAGUAUCGAAAAAUGAUACGGAGAAAUUGUGGGCUGGAAUUUCCAAGACAUCGAUUUCCGAAAGUAACUUGAAGUCCGGCGAUGAUUUCCAAACUACAAAACCUCUCCUUUCAAUCAUAUCAGAGAAGACCCUUUCUCGCAUUUUAGCUGUAACCGAGAGUAAGUUGCAGAAUGUAGAUUCAGAAACAGCUGUUGUCCAGCCAGACAUUACUCUGAGAAGAAUUUUGUUCGGUCAGCCAUAUUCAUUGGAACAAUAUAGUUCACUUGCCAGUAAAACCACCUUGUUGGAUGCUGCAAUUUUAAGUGGAGAUGGAAAUGCUAUUUUGAUAAUAGUUUUAUUUCUCACAAAGACUCUGAAACGAUCGUUGGUGCAAAGGUUACUAGCAGACAGGCCAGAUGCAGUAAAUGUAUAUAUACAUUAUCUCUUUAUAAGAUUGCAAACAAAUGAGAUAACCGACAUAUUAAAUAUGCUGGGUCAUUCUUCAACUGCUGCCAUGAAGAAUCUCCACAUCAUUAUAAAAAAUGUAAGAGAUCCAAAUACAUUACUGCAGAAACUUCACAAUUGCUACAAGGUACAGAUAUUACCCGACUGUAAAGAGGCUACGUUUCUCCAUUCUUACAUUAAACUAUUGGAAUGGCAAAUAAUGAUUAAGCAGAAGAAAGAUAAUGAGGGACUUGCAUUAAAUUCUUCGGUUCUGGAAUCUCUGCACUACGCAUGCAAAUAUCACUGCAGCACGCCGGAUAAUUUUGUCGUGAUAUCACCUACGACUCUCUCUCGCGAACACGAUAUUUCUCCCAGAUUGUAUCAAAAAGUCGCUUUACAAGUUAAGGCAACCUGUGGUGCAUGGGACGAUAUCGAUCGCUUACUUUUAACAAAGGGAAUGCUUGGGAAUACAAAAUUGCAAACAUGUUUAUACAUAGAGGAUGUUUUGAAAGUAUUGCACAAGCACAACGCGUCGCACGCUGUUCUCGAAAAAUAUUUAAAAUUCGUUGAUAAUUUGGAAAAACGACUAGAAUUGGCGAAGAAAUUAUCUUGUCAUACGACAGCUAUUGAUAUAUUCGUGCAACAAGGGGACCGUGCAAUUCUCGUGGACUAUAAGGCAAAACUGCAACCCCAAUCGGAGGAAUAUUUUUACGCCGAGAACGCUUUACGUUUACCUCACGUCAAAUGGAAAAGUUAAAUCUCUCUUUGUGGGAAAAUAAUAUAUUUCAAUUGUGUGAUAUUA